UGGGGGAGGGGCGGGGGCAGAAGAUGGCUAAGAAGAGAGGGCCCCCCAGCAUCAAGGAAGAACAACCAGACACUUCCUUAGACGUUGAGACCUAUGGUAAUCCAAGGACAUUUGAUCCUAAUUUCAAGGGGCCUAUUGCCAAAAGGAAUUGUACAGAUGUCCUGUGCUGCAUCAUCUUCAUACUCUUUAUCAUUGCCUACAUUCUUUUAGGACUCGUGGCCUGGGUACAUGGAGACCCCAGGAGAGUGGCCUACCCUACAGACAGCAAGGGUCACUUUUGUGGCCAGAAGGGCACCCCCAAUGAGAACAAGACCAUUUUGUUUUACUUUAACUUGUUCAGCUGUACCAGUCCUUCCGUGGUGGUAAACCUACAGUGCCCUACUACACAGAUCUGUGUCUCCAAGUGCCCAGAAAAGUUUCUAACCUACAUGGAAAUACAAUUUUCAUACAGAACAAACAAACACUAUUGGACGUACUACAGCCAAUUCUGCAAAUCACCUUUUGUUAAGCCUGUGAAGACUCUCUCACAAGUCUUACUGGAUGAUGAUUGUCCAACAGCAAUUUUUCCAAGCAAACCAUUUCUCCAGAGAUGUUUCCCUGACUUCACUACUAAAAAUGGCACUUUGACAGUAGGAAAUAAAACAACAUUUGAAGAUGGAAGUGGAAAAACAAGAAAUGCUAUAGAACUCAGGACAGCUGCAAAUCGUGUCAAUAAAAUCCUUGAUGCAAGGGCAAUUGGAAUGAAAGUAUUUGAAGACUAUGCAACAACUUGGUAUUGGAUUCUCAUUGGCCUGACUAUUGCCAUGCUCCUCAGUUGGAUGUUUGUGAUACUCCUGAGGUUCAUAGCUGGAUUCCUUUUCUGGGUCUUCAUGGUGGGUGUGAUUGGAAUUAUAGGUUACGGAAUAUGGUACUGUUACCAGGAAUAUAGCAAUCUUCAGGGACGGCCAAAUUCUCACUUAACUAUAUAUGACAUCGGGAUUCAGACUGAUAUAAGCAUGUACUUCCAACUGAAACAAACUUGGUUCGCAUUUAUGAUAAUACUCUGCCUUCUUGAAGUGUUUAUCAUCCUCAUGCUGAUCUUCCUCAGGGAACGAAUCUGCAUCUCCAUUGCCCUGCUGAAGGAAGGGAGCAAAGCCAUUGGAUACCUCCCUACUACGUUAAUUUAUCCAGUUUUAACUUUCAUUUUCCUCUCUAUCUGUAUUGCCUACUGGGCAGUGACAGCAAUUUACUUGGCUACAUCGGGGGUACCUAUAUACAAAGUCAUAUCCCCAGAAAGGACAUGUAAACAUGAAAAUACAACCUGUGACCCAGAGAUUUUUAAUACAACUGAAAUUGCCAAAGCUUGCCCUGGGGCUCAGUGUAACUUUGCUUUCUAUGGUGGAAAGAGCCUGUACCAUCAAUAUGUCCCUACCUUCCAGAUUUUCAAUCUAUUUGUCUUUCUCUGGCUUAUAAACUUUGUCAUUGCACUGGGUCAGUGUGCCCUUGCUGGUGCCUUUGCUUCUUAUUACUGGGCCUUGAAAAAACCUGAUGACAUCCCACCAUAUCCACUUUUUACUGCAUUUGGGCGAGCCAUACGAUAUCACACAGGAUCCCUAGCAUUUGGAUCCUUAAUUCUUGCAUUAGUUCAAAUGUUUAAAUUCAUCCUAGAAUACUUGGACCGCCGUCUGAAAGAGGCCCAGAACAACGUUUGUAAAUUUCUACAGUGCUGCCUAAAAUGCUGUUUCUGGUGUUUGGAAAGAAUGGUAAAGUUUUUUAACAGAAAUGCCUAUGUUAUGAUUGCAAUAUAUGGCAAAAACUUCUGCAGGUCAGCAAGAGAUGCUUUCAAUCUGCUGAUGAGAAAUGUUUUAAAAGUUGCAGUUAUGGAUAAAGUUACAGACUUUGUACUAAUCCUGGGGAAAAUUCUAGUUGCUGGAUGUAUAGGUGUCCUGGCCUUUUUACUCUUCACACACAGAUUGCCAACGAUGAUAGAAGGACCGACAUCUUUAAAUUACUACUGGCUACCUUUACUGACAGUCAUUAUUGGAUCUUACCUAGUUGCCCAUGGAUUCUUCAGUGUCUAUGCAAUGUGUAUUGAUACAAUUUUCAUCUGCUUCUUGGAAGAUAUAGAAAGAAACGAUGGUUCUCCUGAAAGGCCCUAUUACAUGAGUCAGUCUCUGCUGAAGAUUUUGAACGAGCCAAGUAUGCAAACUAAGAAGCAUUAGAAGUGCAAACUGUGGUCAUCCUGCAGCGCGAACUAACAUGGAUAUUGAAGACUUCUCUGAGGACCUAAGUUACUUCUGGCCCCUGUGAGUCUAUACAUCUCCCAGAAAACAAAGCUAUUCCUCAGUAAAACAAAUGUGAUUGAUUCACUCAUGAAAAUUGAGUACCACAUUAUACAAGGCUUGGACAUCAGGAUAACAUCAAGGUCAUGGACCCUCGGGCCAAAUUAGCCAACUUCUCCACAACUUUCCAAGCAUAAAAGGUAGCUAA